AUGGAUUCAAAGAUUCUAUCUAUGAACCAUUCUGAUAUUGUCAUGUUAGUUCAAAUACUUUUAUCAAAAGUUGCAAAGUUUCAAAUCACUGACCAAGAUAAAACAAAAAGAUUAUAUGGGUUGUCAACUGAAGUUUAUCCAAACUUAGAAGAAGAAGGUUCACUGGAUAUUCCUACAAAAUUUAUUAGAGAUGUACAUUGCCAACUUAAAUUAUGCAUUGAAGUUGGAUAUCCAAUUAUGGGUUCUAAAAUUCAAAACUCAAAUACAUUCCAAGGAGGGUAUGACGAUAUCCUUAAGAAAACAAUGGUGCAACAUUGUGAAGAUAAACCUCAAUCUAUGAAGGAUAAAAUUGACCAAAAGUUAGGUGCAAGAUUUGAAGUAAGAGUCCCAUAUAAACCAAUACUUACAACAAAUGAAAAUGGUAAAAGAGUAAUGCUAUUGGAAUAUUUAGAAUUGGUCAAACACAUUAUUCCUCAAUUUUCUAUUGAAUACGACGAAGACGAUCCACAUUUAGAGCUUCAGCCAUUGAAAUUUAAAUCCGUGAAUACUACAGAAUAUGGAAAAUUCAGACACAACUUGACUUUAACAUACUACAAGCAAAUACUUGACCAUUUAAUAUUAUUGCAUGACAGUGUUAUUAUUUUACAAAAGAUGGGAAUUGAAAACAAUUUUUUAACACAGCAACCAAUUCAAAGUAUAUUUGUAAAUAUUUAUAUAUUUAUAAAAUUAUUGAAUGGUGUUUUUAGAAGAUUAGACUUUGAUGAUGAUAAAUUCCUUUCAAAAACAGUGGAAAAAUUUUGUAAUAGAGAUCAUGGUUUUUAUUGUUUUAAUAGGUCUAUGUUUUCAAAACCAUUUUAUGGAGAAGAUUUGCAUCUAUCCAUUGGUAAAGUAAAUUUAUCUCACUUAUACAAGAAGAUUUUUCUUCAUAUCGAUCCACAGGAUGAUAAAGAAUCAAUGUUGGAACUUAAGGAAUGGAUGAAAAGAUUUUACAAAGUUACUUUAAAGAAAAUGGAUUUAUAUAGUAGCUAUAAGAUCGACUUCAAUCCUAGAAAUUCAAAGACAAGAGUUCAAUUAAUCAACAACUACAACUAUCCCUUAAAUUAUUUAUCAUUUGAAACUAUCUUAAGUAAUACUUUUGAAAUGAGAAAAUAUCAUAGGUGGCAACUAGAACAACAAAACUAUAGAAAAAUGGAAAGAAAAAAUGUAUCAAAUACCAAAUCGAACAAUAAUAAUUAUAAUUUAAAUAACAAUACCUAUAAUAAUUCAAGUAAAAAGAAUAAUAAUAAUAAUAAUAAUAAUAAUAAUAAUAAUAAUAAUAAUAAUAAUAAUAAUAAUAAUAAUAAUAAUAAUAAUAAUAAUAAUUAUAAUAACCCUUUAAUCAACCAUAACGAUCGAUUUAGUGAUUCGAACAAUUUCAUUAAUGAAAUCCAUGAAACAAACAAUACCAAUAAUAAUAACAAUUCAAGUAAUAAUAAUAACGAUUCCAACCACAAUACUGACGAAAAUACUCAAACUUUGUUUGAUAAAAUUGGUCAUGUAAGAAUUUUAUAUGAUUCCCUACAUAGAAUCUAUAAAAAAGAUUAUCAAAUUGAAGAAAGCGAACAAUUUUUAAUUCAUUUAUUAAUUGCUUCAAUGGUGAAAGAUUUUGUAAUAGCUUUGAUGUCAUCUAAAAGUUUUAAACCAAUAUUGGAUGAUUGUUUGCAUAUCUUUGACAGAUCAUUUUAUAAUAGUUUCAUUGAACCUGGAUAUAUGCAAAAAGACCAAGAUUUACGCAAAAUGAGUGCUGAUGAUGCGUUUUCAAAAUAUUACUAUAUUGGAAAAUCGAAAGUGAAUAACUAUGUGUUCAAAUGGAUAGAGAUGUUUGGAGAAUCAAAAUAUAAGAGAAUAGUACUUUUAAGUAAUUAUUUUAGUGAAAGUGGUAUAAAUAAUAGUGAUCCCAAUAAUAAUAAUAAUAAUAAUAAUAAUAAUAAUAAUAAUAAUAAUAAUAAUAAUAAUAAUAAUAAUAAUAAUAAUAAUAAUAAUAAUAAUAAUAAUAAUAAUAAUAAUAAUAAUAAUAAUAAUAAUAAUAAUAAUAAUAAUAAUAAUAAUAAUAAUAAUAAUAAUAAUAAUAAUAAGAAUUAUAAUAACCCUUUAAUCAACCCUAACGAUCGACUAAGUUAUUCGAACAAUUUCAUUAAUGAAAUCCAUGAAACAAACAAUACCAAUAAUAAUAACAAUUCAAGUAAUAAUAAUAAUGAUUCCAACCACAAUACUGAUGAAAAUACUCAAACUUUGUUUGAUAAAAUUAGUCAUGUAAGAAUUUUAUAUGAUUCCCUACAUAGAAUCUAUAAAAAAGAUUAUCAAAUUGAAGAAAGCGAACAAUUUUUAAUUCAUUUAUUAAUUGCUUCAAUGGUGAAAGAUUUUGUAAUAGCUUUGAUGUCAUCAAAAAGUUUCAAACCGAUAUUGGAUGAUUGUUUGCAUAUCUUUGACAGAUCAUUUUAUAAUAGUUUCAUUGAACCUGGAUAUAUGCAAAAAGGCCAAGAUUUACACGAAAUGAGUGCUUACGAUGCAUUUUCAAAGUAUUAUAAUAUUGGAAAAUCUAAAGUGAAUAAUUUUGUAUACAAAUGGAUAGAGAUGUUUGGAAAUUCAAAGAUUAGGGCUAGAGUAUUAGUUUUAUCGAUAGGGUUAUAG